UCGUGUUGUUUCCUGCAUCGCCUUGUGGCAGUAAUCUUUGGGGUUUCUUUCUUGAAGUUUUUGCAAAAUGGCGGAUUGGCUUCUACUAAUACCCUGGAACAAGAUCUUCACUGCUGCAUGUGGCUGCUUUUUUAGCGAUAGAAACUACAUUCACAAGAUGGAGGCAAAUCUCGAUGAUCUGCACACAACUAUGGAAGAACUUAAGAAUGGACGAGAUGAUUUGUUAAGAAGAGUUUCCAUAGAAGAAGAUAAAGGUUUGCAACAGCUUGCUCAAGUCAAAGGAUGGAUUUCAAGGGUAGAAAUUGUUGAAUCUAGAUUCAAGGAUCUGCUUGAGGAUAAAUCAACUGAAACUGGAAGAUUGUGUUUGUUUGGAUUUUGUUCUGAGAAUUGCAUAUCAAGCUACAAUUAUGGUGAAAAGGUAAUGAAGAAUCUGGAAGAAGUUAAAGAACUUCUAUCUAAAAAACAUUUUGAAGUGGUGGCGCAUAAGAUUCCUGUACCUAAGGUAGAGGAGAAGAAUAUCCAUACCACAGUUGGUUUGUAUGCAAUGGUUGAAAUGGCAUGGAAAAGCCUCAUGAAUGAUGAAAUAAGAACCUUGUGUCUUCAUGGUAUGGGGGGAGUAGGAAAAACCACACUCUUAGCUUGCAUCAACAACAAAUUCGUUGAACUGGAGAGUGAAUUUGAUGUUGUGAUAUGGGUUGUGGUAUCUAAAGACUUUCAGCUUGAGGGUAUUCAAGAUCAGAUUCUUGGUAGAUUACGUCUCGACAAGGAAUGGGAAAGAGAAACAGAAAAUAAGAAAGCCUCACUCAUAAACAAUAACCUUAAGAGAAAAAAAUUUGUGCUGUUGUUGGAUGAUCUCUGGAGCGAGGUAGAUCUGAACAAGAUAGGAGUUCCACCUCCAACUCGUGAAAAUGGAGCGAAGAUAGUUUUCACCAAACGUUCAAAGGAAGUUUCCAAGUACAUGAAAGCUGACAUGCAAAUAAAAGUUUCUUGUUUGUCACCAGAUGAAGCGUGGGAAUUGUUUCGAAUUACUGUUGAUGAUGUCAUAUUAAGCAGCCAUGAAGAUAUUCCUGCACUCGCAAGAAUAGUUGCUGCAAAAUGUCAUGGCUUGCCACUUGCACUCAUUGUCAUUGGGGAAGCCAUGGCAUGUAAAGAGACUAUACAAGAAUGGCAUCAUGCGAUUAAUGUUCUGAAUUCGCCUGCAGGCCACAAGUUUCCAGGUAUGGAAGAAAGAAUUCUUCUCGUUUUGAAGUUCAGUUACGAUAGCUUGAAGAAUGGUGAAAUCAAAUUGUGUUUCCUAUAUUGUUCUUUGUUUCCUGAAGAUUUUGAAAUAGAGAAGGAGAAGUUGAUAGAAUACUGGAUUUGCGAAGGAUAUAUAAAUCCGAACAGAUAUGAAGAUGGAGGUACCAACCAAGGUUAUGAUAUAAUUGGCUUGUUAGUUCGUGCACAUUUGUUGAUUGAAUGUGAACUCACCACCAAAGUUAAAAUGCAUUAUGUGAUACGUGAGAUGGCUCUUUGGAUAAAUUCUGACUUUGGAAAACAGCAAGAAACAAUCUGUGUGAAAUCUGGUGCUCAUGUACGUAUGAUACCGAAUGACAUCAAUUGGGAGAUUGUAAGACAAGUGUCUUUAAUCAGUACUCAGAUUGAGAAGAUAUCUUGUAGUUCCAAAUGCUCCAACCUUUCAACCCUAUUACUCCCGUAUAACAAGUUGGUGAAUAUUUCAGUUGGAUUCUUUCUGUUUAUGCCAAAACUUGUGGUCUUGGAUCUUUCUACAAACAUGAGUCUUAUUGAAUUACCGGAGGAAAUUUCUAACUUAUGUUCUCUUCAAUAUCUUAAUUUAUCAAGCACAGGGAUAAAAUCGCUACCAGGUGGUAUGAAGAAGUUGAGGAAACUAAUCUACUUGAAUCUGGAGUUCAGUUAUAAACUUGAGAGUCUUGUUGGCAUAUCAGCAACCUUACCAAAUCUGCAAGUGUUGAAAUUAUUUUAUUCCAAUGUUUGUGUUGAUGACAUAUUAAUGGAGGAACUACAACACAUGGAUCACUUGAAGAUUUUAACGGUAACCAUAGAUGAUGCCAUGAUUUUGGAAAGGAUACAAGGUAUUGACCGAUUGGCGAGUAGUAUUCGAGGUUUAUGUCUAACAAAUAUGUCAGCACCUCGUGUAGUAUUAAGUACGACAGCUCUGGGAGGUCUUCAACAACUUGCAAUUCUGAGCUGCAACAUAUCUGAGAUAAAGAUGGAUUGGAAAAGCAAAGAAAGAAGGGAGGUUUCACCAAUGGAGAUUCAUCCAUCUACAAGUACAAGUUCUCCAGGCUUCAAGCAACUCUCCAGUGUUAAUAUAAUGAAAUUGGUAGGGCCAAGGGAUUUGUCAUGGCUGUUAUUUGCUCAAAAUCUAAAGAGUCUACAUGUGGGCUUUUCACCAGAAAUAGAAGAAAUUAUAAAUAAGGAGAAAGGAUCGAGUAUUACCAAAGAAAUUGCCUUUGGAAAAUUGGAAUCACUUGUAAUAUAUAAAUUGCCUGAACUCAAGGAAAUUUGCUGGAAUUAUCGGACUCUUCCUAACAGUAGAUAUUUUGAUGUCAAAGAUUGUCCAAAGCUACCUGAAGAUAUUGCUAAUUUUCCCAUGCAUGCAGAGGAAUAAGGGGUGGAAGGGUGAUGACAAGUGGUCAUUAAAUAACGCGAUGACCAAACCGAGUGAAGAAAUCGAAUGGGAGAAAGAUGUUUCUAGGUCUCUUUGCAUCAUCUCAGUUCUUAAUUUGGUUUUAUGUAAUC